AUGGCCUUAGCUUCCAGUCUUCGCCUUUCUUCCUCCAUCCUCCGCUACCGCCUCGCUGCCCCGCUCUACCCGACCCGAUUUUCCAGUCUCCGUCACAACCUGUCGGAGCUCCGCUUCCUGUCCGCAUCGUCCUCCCGUCCCGGGACCCACGUCCGCCCAAUCAAAGCGGGGCUCCAGGACGACCCGCAAAAGGAGGACCCAGGCGAGGGGCAGAAUGGGAAUGGAAGUGUGCUGGUCAAAGACACAAGUGAGAACAGCGAAGAAAAAAUCGUUCGUGUUGAGCUCCACAAGGAGGCCACUGAAGCCUACAUGGCCUACGCUAUGUCUGUCCUGCUCGGCCGCGCCCUGCCGGAUGUUCGCGAUGGUUUGAAGCCUGUGCACCGUCGUAUUUUGUAUGCAAUGCAUGAAUUGGGGCUUGCGUCACGAAAACCAUUCAAGAAAUGUGCUAGAGUUGUUGGAGAGGUUCUAGGAAAAUUUCAUCCCCAUGGUGACACUGCUGUCUAUGAUUCCUUGGUGCGAAUGGCUCAGGAUUUCUCCUUACGAUUCCCAUUAAUCCAAGGGCAUGGGAAUUUUGGGUCUAUUGAUGCUGAUCCUGCAGCUGCCAUGCGUUACACAGAGUGCAGAUUGGAAGUUGGCAUGGCAACCAACAUUCCUCCGCAUAAUCUUGGAGAGUUGGUAGAUGUUCUUAGUGUGUUAAUUCACAAUCCGGAAGCUACGUUGCAAGAAUUACUGGAAUACAUGCCAGGGCCUGAUUUUCCAACUGGAGGACUGAUUAUGGGAAACCUUGGCAUUUUGGAGGCAUAUCGAACUGGGAAAGGACGCAUUGUGGUCAGAGGGAAAACUGAUGUUGAAUUGCUUGAUUCUAGAACAAAGAGAAGUGCAAUUAUCAUAAAGGAGAUCCCUUACCAAACCAACAAAUCAGCCCUCGUGGAGAAGAUAGCUGAACUUGUGGAAACUAAGAGUUUAGAAGGCAUAAGCGAUAUUAGGGAUGAAAGUGAUCGCUCUGGAAUGCGUGUUGUCAUUGAGCUCAAGCGAGGAUCUGACCCAUCAAUUGUUCUGAAUAAUCUUUAUCGCCUCACAUCUCUUCAAUGCAGCUUCAGUUGUAACAUGGUUGGUAUUCAUAAUGGGCAACCUAAGCAGAUGGGUCUAAAGGAGUUGCUGCAGGCAUUCUUAGACUUCAGAUGCUCUGUUAUUGAGAGACGUGCCAAGUUCAAACUUUCACAAGCACAGGAAAGAAGACAUAUUGUUGCGGGCAUUGUUGUGGGCCUGGAUAAUUUGGAUGCAGUAAUUCGUAUACUAAGAGAAUCUUCUAGCAAUGCAAUUGCAUCAUCUGGUCUAAGGAGCGAGUUCAAUCUUUCUGAGAAACAAGCUGAAGCAAUAUUAGACAUUAGCCUGAGAAGAAUUACCAUGCUUGAGAGGAAAAAGUUUAUUAAUGAAAGUGAAUCGUUAAAAGAGCAAAUUUCAAAACUAGAAGAACUCUUGUCAAGCAAGAAAUACAUAUUACAGUUGAUUGAACAAGAAGCAAAUGAGUUAAAAAGCAAGUUUUCCAGUCCAAGGCGUUCAAUGCUGGAGGACAGUGAUAGUGGCCACCUUGAUGACAUAGAUGUUAUUCCAAAUGAAGAAAUGCUUUUGGCAUUCAGUGAAAAGGGGUAUGUUAAGCGGAUGAAACCUAACACUUUCAAUCUACAAAAUCGAGGAACCAUUGGCAAAUCUGUUGGGAAAUUGAGGGUAAAUGAUGCAAUGUCAGACUUUAUUGUUUGUCGCGCACAUGAUCAUGUUCUGUACUUCAGUGAUAAAGGAACAGUGUACUCUGCUCGUGCAUAUAAAAUUCCUGAAUGCACUCGGACAGCUGCUGGUACACCACUGGUUCAGAUCUUAUCGUUGUCAGAUGGAGAGAGAAUUACAUCUGUUAUUCCUGUGAGUGAGUUUGCUGCGGAUCAGUUUUUGCUUAUGCUUACUGUCAAUGGCUACAUUAAGAAGGUCUCCUUGAGUUAUUUUUCGUCAAUCAGGUCAACAGGAAUCAUAGCAAUUCAACUGGUUCCUGGUGAUGAGCUAAAAUGGGUCCGUUGUUGCACAAAUGACGACCUUGUAGCAAUGGCAUCACAGAAUGGAAUGGUCAUCUUAAGUUCCUCUGAUAUUAUUCGUGCACUAGGGAGAAACACUAGGGGGGCAGUGGCCAUGAGACUUAAAGAAGGGGAUAAGAUGGCAAGUGUGGACAUUAUACCAGCAGCUAUGAGAAAAGACUUGGAGAGGGUGUUGGAAGCUCCCCAUAUUGCCGCUAGAAGUGUGAAGGGGCCAUGGUUGUUAUUUGUGUCUGAGAGCGGAUAUGGAAAGCGUGUUCCCUUGAGCAGAUUUCACUCCUCCAAAUUGAAUAGGGUUGGCCUGAUAGGAUAUAAGUUUGCCUUGGAGGAUCGCUUGGCAGCAGUUUUUGUAGUGGGCUUCUCUUUGGCAGAAGAUGGAGAAAGUGAUGAACAAGUGGUUCUUGUAAGCCAAAGUGGUACAGUCAAUAGAAUUAAGGUGCGGGAUAUUUCUAUACAGUCUCGCUAUGCAAGGGGAGUCAUUUUGAUGCGGCUGGAUCAUGCUGGAAAGAUUCAAUCUGCUUCAUUAAUCUCAGCAACAGAUGAGGAUCCGGAGGUAGAAGUUGAAGCUGCCGCACUCGGCUAA